AUGUAGGCCAAAGAGAUCUACUAGUAGAGGUGCUCUGUGCUGCUGCAAGUACGUUGUCAGAGAACUUGUAAGAGGCAGGCAUCGUGGUGUUGGUGAAAGCAACUGUAUUUAGACGUUAGAGAGAUGGCUGUCAAUGUGUACUCGACUAACGUAACAGCAGACAACUUAAGUCGACAUGAUAUGUUGGCUUGGGUAAAUGACUGCUUGGCGUCGAGUUUUACGAAAAUUGAGGAAUUAUGUACCGGCGCUGCCUAUUGUCAGUUCAUGGAUAUGCUAUUUCCAGGAAGUGUUAUUAUGAAAAGAAUAAAAUUCAAGACGAAUCUAGAACAUGAAUAUAUCCAGAACUUCAAAAUUUUGCAGGCUGCCUUUAAAAAGAUGGGAGUUGAUAAGAUUGUUCCUAUUGAUAAACUUAUUAAGGGCCGUUUUCAAGAUAAUUUUGAGUUUCUUCAGUGGUUUAAAAAGUUUUUUGAUGCAAAUUAUGCGGGGCAAGAAUAUGAUGCCUUUAGUGCCAGGGGAGGUGAAGCAAUGGGCAGUGGAGGUAGUAAUGCUCCACGGGGUAUAGGUGUGUCAACAACGAAAAAGGCUCCUCAGGUUCAGGUGGCUGCAGUUGCACCUUCAACACGCACAGCAACUAAAGUUGCAACAAGAGUACAGCCUAGGCCAGCACCAAACAGGCAGUCUGCAUCACAAGUACCAAAUCAAAAACAAGAUAACAGUCGAAUUGAGGAGUUGAGUACACAGUUGAUGGAAAUGAAACUGACAGUAGAUGGUCUGGAGAAGGAGCGAGAUUUUUACUUUGGCAAACUUAGAGAGAUUGAAGUAAUGUGCCAAGAAAAUGAUAAUGAACAAAACCCUAUAAUUCAAAAAAUACUGGAUAUAUUGUAUGCAACAGAGGAAGGCUUUGCAGCCCCAGAUGAAGUGGAUGGUCAGUUAACUAAUGACCAAAUUGAAGAGGAAUAUUGAAAAAUUUGCAGAAAAAAGAAUGUGAUGAUUAAGGGCUUCAGUAAUUUUUGUGCUAAGUGUCUUCUUUUUUUUAUACAUGUAUAACUCAGAAUUUUAAAUUAUCCCAGUAAUAAACGUAACACACUAGGUCAAAGCUUUUAAGGGCCCAAGUUUUUUAAUUGCCAUUUUUUGUGAAUUUCAAAAUUGGUGAAAGCAGUUUAUAUUUUAAAGUUGUCACACAGGCAUUGUAUAGAAACCGUAAUUUACUCAUUUCUAGUUGAAUGUAUAUAGUUUAUGGUACGUUUACUUCAAAUGAUUAGUAUUUUAUGAACAGCACACUUCAACAAAAAGAAAAUAUUUUUUAAGUAUUUUGUGUGUUCACACUUUGUCAAGCAUUUUGUUCAUUGUAAUACUUGUUGAUGUUUCAAAUGUGUGAGCAGUAGCUGCUCAGCCUCUUGGAGGAGUUUGUUACAGUGUGAGUGCUUUACUGCAUUGUGAAGGACACUUGUGAUGCUUUCUCUUGUCUUCAGAAUUACUGAAGGCAUUACUGUAGGCAUUGUUUGCACCAUGAUUUGCUGCUGUCAGGAGAGGUGCUUCAUGUUGUACUGCUGCCGCCAUCAUGUGCAAUUGAUCUGCAGUGAAAUAUUAAUAAUAUACUAUUUGUUGUGUAUUUUGAGCCAUUGAGGUGACUGCAGUGAACUUCAAAACCUCAAUAUAUACUUUGCUCAUCUCGACUAACUAGAAAAUAUUUAUAUUUGUUUUAGUGUUUUUUUCUUUAGUAUGCUCUAAACCCAGUAAAUCUUCAGUUAAUGUAUGAUUUGCAUUUAAUAAAACUUCUCACAUAGGU